GAAAAGGAAGUAAAUAUCGGUUUAAAAUUUUAUGAAUUCAGUUACGAAAUAAUUUCAUGAGAUAAAAAACAUACUGCCUGUGAAAAAAAAUUAAGGAUUACUAAAGAUAGAAAAAAUGGCUGUCUCAGGAAAGAAAGCAUCAGGACAAUUUACAUCAUCAACAACCAUGGCAUCAGAUGAAGAUCUUAAAGUUUACUGCAAGCCUUGUGAUAAGGAAGGAACUAAACUUCCUGCCCAUGGUUACUGCACUGACUGCAAGGAACACUUAUGUAAGACUUGCUUUAAAGCCCAUAAAAAACACAAACAUUCUAAACAUCAUACACUUCUAAAAGGUUCAAAUAUGCCUAAAGUUUUGCAUCAGCCCUCAACAGCCACCCACACAAGCAAGUCUGAUCAACUUACCACACCAUGUUGCAAACAUCAGAAAGAAAUGAUCAAGUUCUACUGCAAUGAUCAUGAGGAAUUACUCUGCAGCGUUUGUGUCACACUUGAACACCAAGCGACGUCCUGCAAAGUUGAUUAUAUACCUGACAUAUCUGGUGAUAUUAUAGGCAGUAAAGAAUAUCAAGUUAUCUUGAAUGCGGUAGAUAUCACUUCUGGCCAGCAUCAACAGAUUGUAGAAGAUUUCAAAAAGAUGACAAACAAAUCCAACACCUCUCUGAAAGAUGCAUUAGCAGACAUUAACAAGUUUCGGCAAGAAUUCAAAAAAAGAUUAGAUGAACUGGAGAAGCAAACUAAAAAUGCAGCUAAAGUCAUAGAACAAGAAAAUAGCAAUCACCUGAAGGCAGCAGAAGCAACAUGUGAAGAUAUAACUAAAUCUCUGAAGACAUCAGCAGAUACUAUCAAACAACUCAACACAUCAAAACAAGCUGAUAAACUCUUCAUGGAACUUAAACUUGCAGAGAAAACAUUGAGAGACGUGGAGAGAAAAACACUGCAGCUUUCAUCAUUUGCUAUCAAAGAACUCAAAUUUAAAGCAAAACACGCAACAGCAGAUCUCCUUAAAACAGAGAAGUCUUUGGAUACACAAAGAACUAUCAAUAUAAAAUCUCAAUCAGUACAAUUGAAGUGCAGACAAUUUUUACAUCAGGGGAAAAUCAGUGUGAAGACAUCAAAAGAUAAAACAACAUGCUGGAUUACAGGAAUGACUCUGCUAACUCCUGACCUUCUUGUCAUCACUGACCACUAUAACAAUGCUGUAAAGAUGGUGGAUGCUAGCAGUCAAUCCGUGUCUGAUCAACUACAACUAAGUUAUGAAAAAGAUGAUGCUCCGUGGAGUAUUACCACAAUUACCAGUACUGAGCUUGCUGUCACCUUUCCUUAUAAACAAGCAAUACAGUUUAUAUCAGUCUCAUCAAACAAACUUAAAAGGAAGCACACUAUGAAGGUGGAUGGACACUGUUAUGGAAUAAGCUGUAACCAAGGUAAACUUGUUGUCACAUACCUUGGUCCUGCAAAACUCCAGAUCCUUGAUAUGAAUGGCACUAUACUGGCAACAAUUGAUGCUGAAACUAUCUUCCAAAAUCCAUGUUAUGUCACAUGUAAUAGAUGUUCUAUAUACGUGUCUGACCGUUUGAUUCAAUCAUUAACAAGAUUAAACUGGCAAGGUGAUGUGCUUGAAAGCUAUAGUGAUAUGGGUGAGACAAGAGGAAUAUCAAUGUCUGGUGAUGGUACUGUCUUUGUUUGUGACAGGAAGAGAAAUGUUAUAGAAGAAAUAUCAGGAGACUGCUCUACAGGAAAAAUUGUGUUGCAGGGUCUGAAUAGACCAUAUACUGUAUGUUGGUCUGAGGAAACAAAAAUGGUGUACUACAGCUGUGAAGUUGAAGAUGAAAAACAUAAUAACCUCCUUUACAUAUAUAAACUUUCAGAGACUUUAAACAUGUAAUAAAAACACCUUAAAUUUGGAAAUUCAAUAUUCUGCAAAAAGAUACAUAAAAAAGGUUUACAACGAACACAGUGAGAUAAUGUAAAAAUCAGACUUAAGUGGGUUUUUUUUAUUUCUUAAUGCAAACAUAUCAGAGAAGAAAAUUGCAUUUAGAAAUGUUGACAUAUAGACAAAUAAAACAUACUUUCUAAGAAAAAUAAGAUAAUUUGACCUUGAACAAGGGAUUAGCCAGCCUGGUUUUUAUGGCGAUGUAAUUUACAAACUUCGUAAGAUUUUGGGUCAUGGUAAUUUUUCUGCUGUUUUCACUAAAAUCAUUAAACGUUUUAUUAAAAGAGGUUAUGACCCUACUAUUUUAACACAUACCGCACGCUUAGUGUUCAACCCUUUUACAGUUGGACACUACGCUUUCCUCUUUUGAUUACAUCUCACGGACCAAGUAUGAAACUCUAUGAUGGACAGUUCUUAAAGCAUUGUCUUAAUGUUCGUCUUCUGCCUUUCUUCGUCGGGCCCUUGUAGGUGAUUUUCUUGUUGCUCUUUCUUCCUUUAGGACAUUGCAUACUUUUGUUAUGGUCAUUGGGUUUACUUUGAUAUGUUUCUACAUGAUCAUUUUGGUGUUACACUUAUUUAACCUUUUGUAACUAUAACAACAAUUUCACUUGGCGGGGAUUCAUUUUUUUACACUGUCUCGUUUAUAGGAACAUGGUGGGGCUAAGAGUGAGGUUUGGUGCACCAUUAACCGGUUUAAACUCCCCAGUGGUUUAACUACCACUGACCGUUCCAAGGCGGUACCCCUCUGUGUUCGUUCACGUGUUGUUCAUACCUGUAUUGUUACUUGUGAGGGAUGUUGCACUUAUUCACUAUCCUUCAUGUGCAGACUCAAUAAAACCGUGUCAGAAAUUUUCAUGUAAUUUUGUUAUGAUUAAUGCUUCCGAGGGAUCACUUUGUUUCCAGAUUUUUAUACUUCACAACAGCAGGUGUCAAGUGUUGUGUGGCAGCUGUAAAAAGUUGCCCUGUACUUCACUUCAGUUUAUAUUUUUCUAGUCCUCCGGGAACAUUGAUGGCAGCACUGUUAAGUGUUGAGAAUUGAGAACCGAUAUUUAGAAUUUCAUUUGGCGAGAUUUAUUUUAUUUACACUGUCUCGUUUGUAGGAUCAUGGUGGGGCUAAUAGUGAGGUUUGGUGCACUAUUAACCGGUUUUAACUCCCCAGCAGUACUUGUGCUGCUGACCGUUCCAAGGCGGCGCCCCUCUUUGUUCCUCAGAUGUAUGUCUAUGUUUUUCAUACUGUUUGGUGACACUUUUUCUUGUGUCCCUUGUUUUCUCGUCUACAGUAAGUAUCUUCCCCUUUGCCCCUAGUCUUAUUUCUUUAAUUUACCUCCCCCCCCUUCCCCGGGUCUCCUGUCCCCUUCCCCUGUGCCCUUUGACUUUGUGGGCCUAUUAUUCAAUCAUUUAUUUGUUUUCUUUGAGUUCCUUAUCAGUUACAAAUUAAUUGUCAUUUUGGUGAUUGGCCUGUUCGUGCUCUGCCUUGUGCCCUGUCCUGUUUUUGUUUGGGGUUCGCCUAGGCUCCAUGCCACUGAUUCGUGUGGGAUUGCGUUCAUUGAACGUCACCUUUCCUUGUUGUCUUGUGUAUCAUAUUUUUUUGAAAUUCAAGGUGAUAUCUGAAUCAUUUAACAAGUCAGUUUUAUCAGUAAUCGUGUUCUGUCCAAGUAUCAAAUCUGUUAUUAUUUAACAAAGUAAUGGAAAUUUUAUAUGACAUUGACGGUCAAGGUCAUCACAUAUAUGUAUUAAUUAUUCAACAUGUUGGUAUGAAGACACGUAUAUGAGGAUAUGUGACCAAAUAAUGUAUCAAAGUUAACAUGAUCAUUCAAAGUUUUAAUACAUUUCGAUAUUUAUUAAGUCGCCCCACUAGUAUUAUGAAAAUAAUUUUACAUAUAAAAACGUAUCCUGCUGGUAUAUCCAAUUCCAAAACAUAGCCUACUAAAUUAUCUUAGUACAAUUUAACUUCUCUGAAUGCUUUCUUAUCUCAGGAUAAAUGUAGCAAAUUGCACUAUAUAUCAUAGAUUAUGUAAAUAGCAAAAAGGUUUGUCAAAAGUAAAUGCCGUUGCAACUAAGGGAAGAGAGAAAAUAUAUAAAAGUUGAUUACAAUUUAGAGCAAAAAAAAUCAACAGGUUUGAACAAACAUAAAAAGAAAUAAAUGGUGUUUUUUUCAUAAAGCCCAAACAUUCAACAAAAACCAAUGAAAGCAAUGGUAAUAUUCAUUGAUAUAACAAUUUAAAAUGAUAAUAUAAUUUUAUUCUUAGAACUUGUUACUACUUAUAGGAGCUUUAUUUGUGCUUAUAAUUUGUUAUAAUUAAUAUGCAUUUUAUUAACACAUAACUUAUUAUUACUUAUAUGUAGUUUAUGCUUAUAUAGAUAUAUACAUGUGACUGCAUCAUGAAACAAAGUUUUUAUAUGAGCUCAACUGUCAGUCCCAAAUGCCUAAAAGUAAUUUGAAAUUUCUACAUAGAAAAAUUGGAGCACUUGAAAUUCAACAAUCGUACAAGGUGUUUUAAAUACAACUGCUUCCACUUCUGUCGUGAUCUUUUCUGAUGUAAAAACAACCUUUGUAACAAAAUAAUUAUUUUCUUAGCUUCAAAUCUCUAUUUUUCACUUCAUAAAAUAUUGUAAAUAUCAAAAUGACUAAAAACUGCAAAAUAGAAAGGUAUUUAUCUGAAAAUUAUCAGUAGGGUAAAAGUGAUGGUUGGUCUUACCCGACUGACACGUAUACAUGUCAUCAUGUCAUUAUUAUCUUAUUAAAUAUUACAAACGUUUCGUCAACAUUCUAUUGUUGAUUGUUGACAUUUUUUCUAAAGAGGUUAAAAUUGCACUGUUUCCUUAACUUUUAAUUUUGAAUAUUUUGUUAAGAGAUAUUGGGAUGUGAUUUCAGCAUAUUUUAAUUCUUAUAGCAUUUCAUAGAUUCAUACAAAUGAUCCUAUCAUUUUAUAAAUAAAAACAACUCGAUCCAUGAAAAGAAAACAGUCAGGAGAGUAAAAUGUUGCAAUUGAAAUCUGAACAAAACAAAAGAAAAACUACUUUAAAAAUCCAAAAAUACUGAAACUAAUUGAAAAUAUUUGUUUCCUUUCUAUUAAUCAUGUUGAAGUUUAAUUUUUCUACCAUUAUUGACUUAAAUGAUUUACAGGUGAAGCAGACUGGUCAACUAUGUUGACAUUAAACCACCCUUGCAAUUGAAACCUUCUUUUCCCAUUUAUUGAUCUUAGAAUAGAUUUUAAAUAUCGCAUUGACAUUUAACAUGAAUUUGAAUUCAUGGAUAAACAAUUCUUAAAUAUUAUUAUUGGAAACAUUUAAGUCAUGACACACAAUUUAAUCAUUAACAACAUAUGUGUAAUUUAUCUGGCUGUAAAUGUGUUUGAUGCUGUCGAUCAGUUUUAUGUAAAGAGUUUACACCAAAUCUUCGGUAAAGAUGUGUUCUUAUAUUAUUAUUAUGUAAUAUAAACAGCAGUACUUAUUGCAUAUGUCAAACAUGUUACUGUAUCAUAUAUUGUACAUUUUUAUAACUGUCAUAUUGUUUAUUAUAGUUAAUUAUGCCAUAUUGGAUUUUAGAUAGUUUUUUUACCAUUGUCAUCAUAUAUACUCGUAAUAUAGAAAAAUAAAAAAGA